UAAAACUCAUGAAAACCUGAACGGGCAUCGAAACUGUUCCAGUUUUCCGCAAUUUUCUCUUUUAAUCUGUGAUUGUCCGACGCCAAAGUGUAAUGUCCUGUUAAAGUCUUGUAGUCCUAACCAAAAAAAACAUCCAAACUUCGAUAUGGAUUCACCGGAACCAACGUCUAUGGAUUUUUCUACCUUCGUGCUGGAACUGAACCAUCUCAGUCCGCAGCUAGCCAGCCCUAUCGAACCAGGAGGGAGUAGACAUCGUUGCCCUCCGGAAUCGCGUCUAUCGGAAGAAUUCGAAAGCAAGAUGCAGCUGCUGCUGACCAAUUUCGAUCUGGACGAUGAUGAUGGUGCUGGUGAGAUGGCCGUGUCGGCGGAUGUCACUAUUUUGACACCGACAGCGAGUGAUGAAUCCGGUUCCGGCGAUGGCGCAGAACCACACGAAGUUGAGCGUACCUCGUCUGCAGGCAGCGCUAAACACGUUGAAUCACUAGAGACCACGGUGGACAACGAAGAUGAUCCGCUUAAUUUGACGGGUGGUGAAGAGGAGGAAGAGGAUAGCGGAGACGCCGGUGAUGCCGGAAGUUCCGAUGAGCAGCAACAAUCGUGUUCGCUUUCGCUUUCGUACUCUCUAUCGAUAUCGCAUGCACAGGAAAAUUUUUCACAGUACUCUCAAAGUACCGAUAAAGGUUUAUCGAAACGAUACGAUUCUCCCUGUUCCUACGAGGAUGACCGAGAAUCCGAGUGUACCAACUUCGAUAAGCUAGAUGAUUGGAACGAUUUCAUCAGUGAUAUCCACAAUAAUAACAACAACAAUAUUAACGGGAACGGGGAGGGUGUUAGUCGGGACUUUCGAGAAUACUACGAUGAGUAUCUGGCCAACAAAGGACAGCAGGGAAAUUCCUCCAGUGAAGAAGUGACCAGUGAUGAAUGCAGCAAUACCAAAGAAAAGGAUCUUGAAGAUGGUCAACCAAAGAAAGCCGAUAAGAAGUUGGCGCAGCAGCAUUCUGGGGAUAAAUUGGGUUCCCGACCCGCAACGCCAGCUGUUUUCGGAACAACAGUCGCUGAAAAAUCCCAGGAUUUUUUCAAGUACCGGAACCCUGAAGACGACGAAGACGAGCCGAUGUUCGACGACAACUCGAACUCGUUAACGGCCAUCGAGUCCAAUGGUUUGUACGAGCUUGAACCAGGUAAGAGCUCACCCGGUCGGGUACAACAGCAAUCGUCCGGGAAGCGUAAGUUCUGUCAUGACGAUCGGGAGGAUAUCGAGUACGAAAUCACGAAUGUCAUAGUGGAAAAGUUCCACAAGACAGGAAUGGUUCCGCAUCGAGGUUAUCAUGAUCCGAUUUCACGUAUCGAUGAUCAAACUUUUGCCCGUAUAACACAAGUCCCUAGGGCUGUCGAAAAUGGUUCUACGUCGGAUGAGCAUACGGAUUACGAAGAAGAUCCUGGAUUAGUCACGACCCCAACUAACCCUAGAAACAUGCAGCAAAUGUUUCAAACCAUCUCUACAGAUCCAUCCUCCAAUAUUCAAUUUGAUCCUUCCAUUGUACAGAACAAGUAGCGUGCAAUAUCGUAGAACUUGCCAUCCUCAUGCAAGCUAAGCAAACUCAGUGACAAGUAUUUAUUCUUUUUUUUUUCUUUUUUGUUACUUUUGUUGUUAAUUUUAUUACUAUCCUGAUCUCUUAUUCAGAAUCUGAUCUAACCAUUGUUAAUUUUUUUUAUUUUCAUCUUAUUUAAAAACCAAAACUAUUUCACAAGUAAUCGUUUACAGGCACAUCUCAAAUCUAGUCUUGAAUUUACUACUGAUUUAAUCGGUAUACUCGAAAACCUAAGCCUAGUAUAAAUAUACCUAUAUAUCAAUAGCUAGAGGACAGAGAGAUCGUUUCUUAUUAGAAACUUUCCUCGAAAAUGAAAAAAAGCAACCUUGCAAUUACCUAAAUUGGUUCAUUAAAAAUGCUCAAGUCGAUACCGCGAGGGAAUGAAUAUGUAUAGAAUAGAGUUUGUUGACUUGGACCUAAAUUACCCUUUUGCGUGAACUAUAACAAUAAAUGUACCUUCUUAAUUCGAGUGUUGUUUUAGAAAAAUAAACAAAUUUGAUUUGAAUUGAAAUCCACAUGAUUGUUAACUCUACAGUUAAGGGUUGAAAAACUAGUACCUUUCAAAAAAAAAAAAAGGAUUUAAGGUACCUUGGGUAAAACUAAUAAACCUAUAUAUAAACCGAAAUAUAAAUGCAAACUAAACCGGAUCUAUUCGACCGCAAGGCAAAGCAAAUCGCAACUUAACAAGCAACAAACUAACAAACAACCAAAUAGACUAAUUUGAAACCAAAACUUGAAGACUUAGCGGAGUAUAUCUACAACAACAAAACAUUACAAAAUCUACCAUUA